AUGCCUGGGUGUGCGCGGUUCUUGGUCAUGACUCAUGGCCGUGCGAUGCUUGUUGAUGCUUCUGGGGCACUUGUUCGCCUCUGCACUGAGUCUGGCUUCAGCCUUCAAGUGAAGCCAUUCUUCAACAACUUUGGAGCCAUAGUCACCUUUUCAUGUCUCGGCACUUUCCUCUCAGCCAUUGUCACUGGCAUCCUCGUCUACGCGGGCGGAUUCCUCUUCCUCAUGUACAAGCUCUCCUUCCUCGAAGCACUCAUCUUUGGAUCCCUUAUCUCCUCCACCGACCCGGUUGCUGUGCUCGCCAUCUUCCAGGACGUGGGAGCAGACACGAAUCUCUAUGCGCUUGUGUUCGGCGAGUCUGUGCUCAACGACGCGGUGGCCAUUACCAUGUACAGAUCGCAGCCCAUCAGCGCAACCAGUCAGUUCCUCCCUCCCCUCCAACUGCACAGGACCGUGAUGACCAUCAUUCGCAACCCUGCAGCCGACCCAAGCAUCUCUGCCGCCUUCCAAUACGCCGCCAUAACCUUUGCAGGCUCCACCUCCAUUGGUAUUUCUAUCUCUUUCCUACUCCCCCACAUACGUGGUUGCUUCAAACGCCUCUUAACUUUUCCCUCACCUUUCCCUUUCCCUGUGCUGCCUCAUCUCUGCCUGACCUCUUCCAACUUUGCCCUGACCUCUUCCAACUUUGCUCUGCCCUCUUCCAACUUUGCUCUGCCCUCUUCCAACUUUGCUCUGCCCUCUUCCAACUUUGCUCUGCCCUCUUCCAACUUUGCUCUGCCCUCUUCCAACUUUGCCCUGCCCUCUUCCAACUUUGCUCUGCCCUCUUCCAACUUUGCUCUGCCCUCUUCCAACUUUGCUCUGCCCUCUUCCAACUUUGCUCUGCCCUCUUCCAACUUUGCUCUGCCCUCUUCCAACUUUGCCCUGCCCUCUUCCAACUUUGCCCUGCCCUUCUCCACGUUUCCACUGCAGGUGUAG